UCCGUCUCAGAAGCAAAAAACCUCAGGCGAGAAAAAUAAAAACCCUACUCCCUCUAUAUCUCUCUAAUGGCGAUCGAAGGAGUAGAAAGGAGGCCGAAGACGAAGAUCGUCUGCACGUUGGGCCCCGCAUCGAGGUCCGUACCGAUGUUAGCAAAGCUCUUGAGGGCUGGGAUGAACGUUGCACGCUUCAAUUUCUCGCACGGGUCGCAUGAGUACCACCAGGAGACGCUCGACAAUCUCAAAGAGGCGAUGGAGAAUACAGGGAUUCUCUGUGCAGUCAUGCUAGAUACAAAGGGCCCAGAGAUUCGGACUGGUUUUCUCAAGGAUGGCAAGCCCAUCCAACUCAAGAAGGGUCAAGAGAUAACCAUCUCCACAGAUUACAGCAUGAAGGGCGAUGAGAACACCAUAUGCAUGAGCUACAAAAAACUAGCUGAGGAUGUGAAGCCUCAGAGCGUCAUAUUGUGUGCGGAUGGUACAAUUACACUCACCGUGCUGUCCUGCGACAAGGAGUUGGGAUUGGUCCGUUGCCGCUGUGAGAAUUCCGCUGCUCUCGGCGAGCGGAAAAAUGUCAAUCUUCCUGGAGUUAUUGUAGACCUCCCGACGCUAACGGAGAAAGACAAGGAAGAUAUCAUGCAGUGGGGUGUUCCUAACAAGAUUGACAUGAUUGCUCUAUCCUUUGUCCGCAAAGGUUCGGACCUUGUGGAAGUUCGUAAGCUACUAGGAGAACAUGCUAAGACCAUCAUGCUCAUGUCCAAGGUUGAGAAUCAAGAAGGCGUGGCAAAUUUCGACGACAUCCUUGCAAACUCAGAUGCUUUCAUGGUGGCCCGAGGUGAUCUGGGCAUGGAAAUCCCGAUUGAGAAGAUAUUCUUGGCACAGAAGGUGAUGAUUUACAAGUGCAACAGCCAAGGGAAACCAGUCGUCACUGCGACCCAGAUGUUGGAAUCCAUGAUCAAGUCUCCACGUCCCACCCGUGCUGAGGCGACAGAUGUGGCCAAUGCGGUUCUUGAUGGCACCGACUGCGUGAUGCUUAGCGGAGAAACAGCUGCAGGCGCUUACCCGGAGCUUGCCGUUCAGACAAUGGCUAAGAUCUGCAUUGAAGCUGAAUCAACACUUGAUUAUGGAGUCGUUUUCAAAAGAAUCAUGGAAACUGCACCAGUUCCCAUGAGUCCAUUGGAGAGCCUCACAUCUUCUGCGGUCCGAAUGGCCAACUCUGCCAAAGCAGUGCUGAUUUUGGUUCUAACCAGAGGCGGAAGCACUGCGAAGCUGGUUGCCAAAUACAGGCCGUCAAUGCCAAUUCUAUCAGUGGUGGUUCCAGAGAUAAAGACGGAUUCCUUCAAUUGGUCUUGCAGUGACGAAUCCCCAGCAAGGCAUAGUCUUAUCUUUAGAGGACUGAUUCCGGUCUUGAGUGCGGGAUCGGCAAAGGCUUCUGAUGCGGAAGCUACUGAGGAGGCACUUGAAUUUGCAAUUCAACAUGCCAAGGCGAAGGGACUUUGCAAGUCCGGAGAUUCGGUUGUUGCAUUGCAUCGCGUUGGGGUUGCCUCUAUAAUCAAGAUCUUGAAUAUCAAGUGAUUAUUUUGGUUGCACGCUCUGUUUUCAUGUAUCUUCUGAUUCUGUUGUCGUCCUGCUCUUCUUUUGAAUUUCUUUUUGGUUUUGAGGCAGCACGUAGACAGUCAAAGAGAGCUUUGUAGGUCUUAAUAUAUGAUCACUCUCUCUACAGGAAGAAUAAGACAUUGAUUUGAUAGAAGUUGGUAGUGAGAGAGUGGAGUUUUGGUAGAACACAGGUUUUGGAGUUUGUUUUGUUUUAUGAGAUGGAAACAUCCCAACUUUUUUUGAGUGUCAUUUCAAUUCUUCAUGUUGAAUUUAGAAUGAUGGAGGCUGCGUUUCAAGGCA